CCUCCCCUUCCAUCUCAACCACCACCUUUCCCUCCAUCUCCAUCUCCACCUCUCCCUCCACCCCCACCACUCCUUCCAGUGCUGCCCCAGCAGACCUCACCACAGGGGGUCAGAGUGGAACACCAGCCCCUGGCUCACCUGUCACCCACCCUGACUCUGGAGAGGACAAUAUGGCUGCCAAUACUUCCCCCACCUCCACCACUGGCAAUGCUACUGCUAUAGGGGCCCAGAGUAGCACCUCGGGACCAGUAACUUCAGCAUCGGCCUCGGGCCCAGCAUUGGCUUUGGCCUCGCCAGCUGAACCCACCAACCAUAAUGACCUGACUCGGCCUAAGUCUAAGCAGGAUGCAGCAAGCACAGGGAAGCAGCGUGUGUAUGUGUGUGAUGUGUACAGAGACCUGGAUGACUGCAGGUUUAAGAUCCCUCCUCACCAGAAGAGAUACAGCCUCCUCAACCCAGAACCCAGGACCCUGUUCCACUGCAACUGUACCAGCAGACUGUCUGAGGUUCUGGUUCAGCAGAAGGAGAUAUCUGGGGUUCAGACUAUUCUGUUGGAGUACAUCUCUCUGUCCUGUUUCACAUUACAGCCACAGGUCUGCACACAGGGGACAAGCUGCUCAGCUUCUCUGGUCAAACCCUCUCCUGCUCAGCUGGAGCAGCAGAAGCAGAAUGGUGGAGACAUGGAGGAGUGGCGCCAUCUACAGGCCACUGGACGCAACGGCAGGAGACCCAAAUCUAGACGAGCCAAACACAGACUACACAAACUCUGCCUCAGGAUGAUACAACCCAAAGUACACAAGACCAGGAAGCACAAACAAUGUGCUUUAGUAGGGGAUGCAGUGCCAAUGUAAUCUAGUGUUGCCUGAUCUAUUUAGCCAUUUAAUUUCCUCCCCCAUGGGAUAUCGAUACUAUUUUUUAAAUUUAAAUUUUAGUCAUUGUAAAUCCAGAUUUAUCCAGAGCUGCUUAUAGUUAGUGCAUUCGUUUUAAGAUAGCUAGGUGAGACAUCCACAUCAGCAAAGUCAGUGCAAGUAGCAAAAAAGACAAGUGCAAGUUUUUUUAUUUUAUUUUAUUUUUA